CUUUGCCAUUAAAAGUAAUUUGAAAAAAAAUAUAAUAAGAAAACGUGAUGAGCGCAAAUAAUUCGUUUUCUUAUUGUCUUCAAGCUUACAAAUAUUCUUAAUGAAGGUGAUAUCCUUAGAAUUCAGUGAUCAGUAAUCUCGGGGGAUAAUGCCGAGUUGUAUUAGCUACAGAUGGGUUGUCGUUUUUGCAGCUUUGACCGUACGUGCGAUUGUAUAUGGCAUUACGUAUACGUCGGGGAUUGUUUACGUUAUAGUUUUGAGAAAGUUCCAAACGGGUAAAGCUGAAACAUCAUGGAUAUCUUCCAUAGUUACAACAGUUAUGUUUGCAUCAGGUCUUCCACUCGGACGGCUGCUGAAAUCCUUUGGGUGGCGGAUCAUUGCAAUCAGCGGAGGCCUGAUUGCAGGAGUUGGACUUUUUCUUAGCUCAUUAUCGACACAGCUCACAUUUCUAAUCUUAUCGUAUGGUUUUGUUACAGGUUUUGGGUGUGGAAUGGCAUACAUGGUGGCUACUGUUGCUGUUCCCGUCUAUUUUCUUGGUCAUCCCCGGCAGAAAAUAGCUGUAGCCGUAGCUUCAUGUGGCACAGGGGUCGGGACAUUCGUGUUCUCUCCAAUUAUUCAACAGCUAGACUCUGCAUAUGGUUCAAAGGGUUUGUUCCUUGUUCUUGCUGGAGUUGCUCUUCAGUUUUGUACAAUUGGAUUAAUCUUUCGACCAGUAUCUUCCAAGAAUACCGAAAAGUGUGAAAAACUUGCCGCAUCAUGGCAUUUUCUGAAGAAUCCAGGGUUUUAUGUCACUCAUCUUGGAAUCUUCCUGGCCGGGUUUGGAGAUUCGGUUAUCUAUGGCCACCUUGGCGAAUAUGCUGAGACAUUGGGAUUCUCCAACGACAAAGGAGCAUAUCUCUACUCCAUUAUUGGAAUCUCGGUAAUGCUUCUCAAGUUACUACAAGGUGCUGCAUUGGAUGCCAAAGUGUCAACGUCAUUGCCGAUCAAGCUAGGCAUGAUUUUUUACCUUUUGGGAGGCGUCUCUACCAUUUCUCUGCUGUUUUCAGAUGAGUAUUAUGUGCUGGUAAUCUAUUCAGCUGUUUUUGGCGCGAGUACAGCAGCAACAGGUGGGGCUAUUGUUGUAGGAAUUUUGGAAACGUAUUAUGGACAUGAAAAUUUGGAGUUAACUCUUGGAAUGAAUUUAGCUUUCUUUGGAGUAGGGAAUCUUCUCGGCGCUCCAUUGGCAGGUUCAUUAUUCGAGGUCCAGGAUUCCUAUACCCCUGUGAUGAUUUUGGUCACCGUUACAAAAAUACUGAGUAGCUUCCUGUUAUUACUCGUUUACAUCUUCUGUCCACAAGUACACAGGGUUCUACAGAUAAAAAUUUCAUCAACGGAAGAGGAAGAAGAAAAACUAAACAAGGAAGAAUUUCCGAACAUCUUUAUGGAAAAUGAGAGGACACCAUUAUUAAAUGGGGGAAAACAUUCUGAUAUUUACAAUGUUACAAAGGAAAUUACAGAAAGCGAACUGGAGCUCGAUACAAGUUCUUAAUCAACCCCAGGUUACUGAAGUGUUCAGUGGAGUGGAAGCUUUUCAAAACUGAAUUUUAUCAGCAUUUAUUCAUUUAAAGUACAUCCCCAUAAAAUGUACAGUGAAUAGGAGCUGUUUUAAUACUGAAUUUUAUCAGUAUAUACUUAUUCACAGGUGUAUUAGCAUGAAAUCAAUGUAUACCAUUUUUUUCUUUCAAAUAAUU